CACAAGUUGAAAAUUGCUUCAACACAUUAAUCUACCAUAUACUACCAGCUUAAUUUAUAUAGCUUCUUCAGCUUUGUUUUAGAACUAAGGAAAAGGGAACAUGGCUCGAUUUUCUUCUGCCGUAUCAGUCACCAGAUUUGUCACCGUGGUUGUCUGCCUAGCCAUUUGGGCUCCGGCAGCAUGCUCCGGCGACGUAAUCCAGGCCGACGGGGUGAACUUUCUGGGCUUACCAUGGGGCCUUCCAUGCCUGCAAGCUGUGUUAGGAACCGAAGGAUGCGUUCAAGAGUUGGUUUCCUCAUUUCUGAGUCUUCAGCCCAGAUUUCUUGGGCCUGAAUGUUGCAAAGCAUCCGUCACUGUUGAUGAUAAUUGCUGGCCCAAGAUCUUUCCGCUCAACCCAUUUUUCCCACCACUUCUCAAGAGCUUUUGCCUUUCCGAACUUCAUCCAUGAUUCGUAGAAAAUGAACUAUUUUCUUUUGCAGUCUUGCAACUAGUUUUAUUUGCCUUAUCACUUGUUUCCUUUGGCCAUUUCGAAAUAGAAAAAACGUCAAAAAAUCGAUCAAAGAGGGCUACAAUUAUUAUUAUUAUAUUACAAUAUUUUCCUAGCUAGAAUACUUCAUGUUUGGAGAUGCUAGUUUAGCCAAAUUAGUAGCCCGUUAAAUGCGAAUGUCUUCAAAUCGGCGAAUAUAAAGGUUUGAAUUCAUUCUCUUUAUGUAAUUUUUCGAUUUGUUAGUAU